GACUAGUUAAAGGAUUGUUUAAAACAGUUAAUUUUUUUUACAAAAUCAGGCUUAUAAUGUUUCGUUUUGUUGAAACUCAAGGUCGCGCAAUGUAAAAGAGUGCAUUUUGGUCUCAGCAGUCCGUUUCUCCGGACCAGUCAUCAUGGUAUGAUCCUAUUGAGUAAAUCAAAUUCAUUAUGAUUUAGGAUCAUUUUAUCAUUGGCAAAGAAUUAUCUGCACAUUCUGAUGUUUCUUACGAAACUAAAUUAAAAAAGUGUAAACGUAAAUGUUUGUUCGAACCCAUUUCAGAAAAUGAAAUUGAUAAAGCUUAUGCAGAGUUACUGUCAGGUCUAUCUCAAGAGUUCGCCCGUGCUUCAGCACGCUUAUCCAAAGGCGUAAUCGAAAACGGUCGAGUUCGUCUUUCACAAAUAUGUGGGAAGUAUUUCCGUAUAAUGGGUUUCUCUCUUGAUGGCUCAUCUUAUCUUCAUCCAGAAGAAGCAUUAUACCUUGCUGAAUGUAAUAAAAUCCAAGUAUAUGUUAGUGGUUUACCACUGAGUAUUCAAGAACUUUACGAUCAGCUUUUAAACAAUGAGACAUAUCCAUACUAUCUGGCCUACUCUCGAUUAUCACGAUUAAAUUUCAGUCUUCGAAAACGAGCAAGUUUUGACCUACAAUCAUAUUACCACUGUGUGACAGAUAAAUUAUUUAAAAUUCCAAAAUCAAUUAACGUUUCAAUUACAACCUAUCCACUUUUAAACCAAGAAUAUAGAAAACCUAUCGGAAAGAGAAAGUUCAUAGACUUUCAACCACUUAUUAAUCAUAAUACAAUACAUUCUAUCACCGGUCUUAUGCAUAAUUUACAGGAGAUUGUACAACCUGCCAGUGAUAAGUCUGUUAAGUCAACUAAGGAUUUAAAUCUACUCUAUGAUAUUUAUGGAAACAAUCAUACAGAGAAAAGACGUAUUAUUAACUUCUCUAAACGCUACCCUCCUCAUCCUGAUUAUGUUUUAUCUGUUUUGUCACCAAAACAAAUAUACCCAGACAUAGAAUCUAAAAGUUUGAUAAAAGUUGGUCUACAACCAGAUACAUCUGUUCUUAUAUGCAUGGUAGAUGGAUGUGAUGUUUCAUUCUAUAUAACAAACUGUUUUGCGAUUCCAAAUAUUAAUUUUCAAGUAACUCGUCAAGAAAAUAUGGCGUGGAUUUAGACUAAAUAAAGGAUUAUUUGUGUACACUUGCUUUUUUCAUACAAUAAACUCAAGUCAAUCACUUCAAAA